UUCUACUCUUUCUCAAAAGUUGGGAUUUCCAAUUUGUACUUGAGUUUUAGCAGUUUUACUUCGCGUUGAUUAAUUGCUAUUUUUACUAUCUACUUACUUUCCUUUUGGUUUGUAUUCGUUGGGUUUAUAUUUUACUUGGAUUUAAACGCUUGCCUUUUGGAGAGAGAUUUAUUGUUGCGGGAGGAGGAAGAAUCAUGUAACCUGGAGAGCAGUUACUUCUCGUUUAACAUGGAAUUGAACUAAUUAGAUCCACCGGGAGACAUCUGGUGGAUAGGCCUUUGGUUGAAAGGUUUCAUGAGUAUCUGACUCUUUAACAUUGCAAUGCUGGGAAAUGGUUGUGAAUUGGUAAGGAGAAGUGGUUGGUAGCAGUGGAAAAAUUUUUGGAAGUGGGGUCUACAAUACUGGUAGUUGGGAGCAUUAAGAAUUCAGAUUAUGACAGGAAAUCAGGAAAUCCUUAAUGUAUUUUUUUAAAGAAAUAUUUGUUCUAGACUAGGAAAUGGGAGUUUUUUUUUUUUAACAAGAUGUGUACCAAGGGGUUGCUGUGCUGUUGCAGAUUCAAAGAAGGCAGCCUGAACAGUUGAUCACGCAAAGUCUUUUUGGCAACACAGAAACACCUGGAGCCUGUGUUGUUAUCUGCUAAUCAAAGUCAAAGCUUUGUCACUUGUAUGGUGUUGAUUCCCGAAAACUGGUUUCCUUCAAGGAAGAAUCAUCAGAGAUGGGUGGCUACUUCAUUUUGAAUGGGCUGGAGAGAGUUGUUCGACUUCUAAUAAUGCCGAAGCGGAACUAUCCAAUGAGUAUGGUUCGAGGAUCAUUUCGUGAUCGGCGGGAAGGAUACACUGAUCAGGCAGUUGUUAUAAGGUGUGUACGAGAAAAUCAAUCUUCCCUAUCGGAUCAAUCUUCAAUAACAGUUAAAUUGUAUUACCUUCGUAGUGGAAGUGCAAGACUUGGAUUUUGGAUACAAGGAAGGGAGUAUUUGCUUCCUGUUGGCAUUGUUCUGAAGGCACUUACUGAGACUACAGAGCUAGAAAUUUAUGAGAAGUUGACAUGUUGUUAUAAUGAGAAAUGUGAGAAGGCAAAGGGAGCUGUUGGUUCUCAGCUUGUGAGUGCAAGGGCAAUGAUUAUUCUUGAUGAAGUCCGGGAAUUGUCUCUUUUCACUCAGGCUGAUUGUCUACAGCAUAUUGGAGAACACUUCCAACCUGUCAUGGACGGGAUGGAGAGAGAAAAUUUCUCUAACGUGGCCCAUGCAGUUCUAAGAGAUUACAUAUUUGUACAUCUUAAUAAUUAUGAUGACAAGUUCAAUCUGCUCAUCUUCAUGUUGCAGAAACUUUUCUCCCUUGUAGACCAGACUUCUGUGCCUGACAAUCCAGAUUCCUUGCAAAAUCAGGAAGUGUUACUUCCUGGGCACCUUAUUACCAUUUAUCUCAAGGAAAAACUAGAAGAGUGGCUUCGUAAAACCAAGAAGGUUAUUCAAGAUGAGAUGGCAAAAAACAACAAUUUUAAUUUUUUGUCAGUUUCAGAUGUCAAGAGGAUCAUGGAUAGAAAUCCAUCAACAGCAAUCAGUUUAGCUGUGGAAAAUAUGCUGAAAAGCGGAAGACUUGUAACACAAACUGGCCUAGACUUACAGCAGAGAGCUGGUUACACAGUUCAAGCAGAGAGGCUCAAUUUUCUACGUUUUCUUUCCUUUUUCCGGGCUGUGCAUCGAGGGGCUUCGUUUGCUGGACUGCGCACAACAAGUGUGCGGAAAUUGCUACCUGAAUCUUGGGGUUUUCUUUGCCCUGUCCAUACACCUGAUGGUGAGCCAUGUGGGUUGCUGAACCAUAUGACUCGUUCUUGUCGAAUUACUUCAUACUUUGAUUCACAAGGAGCUGUUAAAGACUUUUUUGAUAUGAGGAAGUCGAUCCUUGGUGUUUUGACUGGUCUUGGAAUGACUUCUUCAUUGCCAAAGCUUGUUCAAGCUGGCCCUCCGCAAGUUCUUUAUGUUCUUUUAGAUGGUCGUCUUGUUGGCUCGAUACCUUCUGGUGAGGUUGAGAAAGUUGUUACUCACUUGCGAAGAUUAAAAGUGUCAGCUGCUUCAGUGAUUCCUGAUGAUCUGGAGGUUGGAUAUGUUCCAUUGAGCAUGGGUGGUGCAUAUCCUGGUUUAUACCUCUUCACAUCUCCUUCCAGAUUUAUUCGUCCAGUUAGAAAUAUUUCUAUCCCCACUGAGGACAGUCAAAACAUUGAACUUAUAGGACCGUUUGAACAGGUUUUUAUGGAAAUAAGAUGUCCAGAUGGUGGAAAUGGCGGUAGAAGUGAUGCUUUUCCUGCAACUCACGAAGAAAUUCAUCCAAUUGAUAUGCUCAGUGUGGUGGCUAACCUUACACCUUGGUCUGAUCACAAUCAAAGCCCACGAAAUAUGUACCAGUGUCAGAUGGCAAAACAAACAAUGGCUUUCUCUUUACAAUCUCUUCGCUUCCGUGCAGAUCAGAAGCUAUAUCAUCUUCAGACCCCUCAAACUCCUAUUGUGCGCACAAGUUCAUAUACAAAGUACUGCAUAGAUGAGUAUCCAACAGGGACAAAUGCAAUAGUUGCAGUGCUUGCUUAUACAGGAUAUGAUAUGGAGGAUGCCAUGAUUCUGAAUAAGUCAUCUGUUGAACGUGGUAUGUGCCAUGGACAAAUUUACCAGACAGAGACCAUUGACUUAUCUGAAGAAGGUAGCAGGUCUGAUAGAGACCAAAGAAUGUUUAGGAGGAGUAACAUUGAUAAGUCAUUGCAAUCUGUGAUUGAUUCAGAUGGACUUCCAUAUGUUGGUCAGAUAAUACAUCCAAAUGAACCCUACUGUAGCAUUUAUAAUGAGAUAACAAAUACAACAAGAACCAACAACCGAAAAGGUUCAGACCCUGUUAUUGUUGAUUAUGUUGCUGUUGAUACCAAAAACAAGAAGCAUCUUCAGAAGGUGAAUAUACGUUUUCGACAUCCCAGAAACCCUAUCAUUGGUGAUAAAUUUAGUAGUAGACAUGGACAGAAGGGUGUUUGCUCCCAAUUGUGGCCAGACAUUGAUAUGCCAUUUUCUGGACUCACUGGAAUGCGUCCUGAUCUGAUUAUCAAUCCUCACGCAUUUCCUUCAAGAAUGACAAUUGCAAUGCUUUUGGAAUCUCUUGCUGCUAAGGGAGGUAGUUUAAAUGGAAAAUUUGUUGAUGCUACACCUUUUGCUAGUUCAGUUAAAAAAGCUAAUGGGGGAGAAACCAAAUCAGAAUCUGAAUCGCUUGUUGAUGAUCUUGGUGAAAUGCUAAGAUCUCAUGGUUUUAACUAUCAUGGUGUGGAGGUGCUAUAUAGUGGGGUUUAUGGAACAGAACUCACAUGUGAAAUAUUUAUUGGGCCUGUUUAUUAUCAGCGCCUUCGCCACAUGGUUUCAGACAAAUUUCAGGUGCGGUCAACUGGAACUGUUGACCAGAUUACUAGACAGCCUAUUAAAGGAAGAAAGCGUGGUGGAGGUAUACGUUUUGGAGAAAUGGAACGAGAUGCCAUGCUUGCUCAUGGGGCAGCAUAUUUAUUGCAUGAUAGGCUUCACACAUGUUCUGAUUAUCACAUUGCUGAUGUAUGUUCUCUAUGCGGAAGCAUACUCACAACAUCAUUUAUCCAGCAACAAAAGCGGGUAGUGCGGGAUAUCGGUGGAUUACCCCCAGUGAGGGCUCCAAAAAAGGUGGCAUGUCAUGCAUGCCAAACAAGUAAAGGGAUGGAAACUGUUGCCAUGCCUUAUGUAUUUAGAUAUUUGGCUGCCGAAUUAGCAGCGAUGAACAUAAAAAUGACUGUCCGGCUAAAAGAUGGUGCUUGAAUACGGAUUUUGCUGCUCUUGGAGAUAAUAAUUGAGUGUGUGUGCAAUUUUGGUUUUAAUCUUCAUGGCGUCCCAAGUUAUUUAUAAAGAGGGUAGAUGCAGCUAGAUAUAUUUCACAGCACAGGGGUUGUGGGAAAGGGGAAUCUGAAUACCUGCUGUAUCAUGAGCUGGGGAAUCAGUAGUGGCUUGACUUGGCCUUCCGGUAACUGUAUUCAUCCUCUUGUAAGCAAUAACAGUUUGUUAAUGUUAACUCCUGAUGGCAAGCAAUUUUCCCCUUUGAAGUAAACUAUUGUUGUACUCUAAUCUUCUUUUUUCCUUAUUGGUCUUUUAUCUUUUUGGUAUGUUUGAAUCAGGGCUGUGUCUAAACCGGAUUGAAGAAUCGUACCGAACCAAAUUUAAUUUGAUGCUUUGGUUUUGUUCGGAUUUUUCACUAAAAUCUGAAUUGGAAGUGUACUGAAGUGAAAAUCAAUAUCAUACAUCUGUUUUAAAAUGAUUA